AUGUCGGCCUCUGGUGCUAUGGGAGCCUCUACUCCGAGCUCUGACUCCUCCAUCGCGGAGUCUGUUCAGAGGGCUCAGGCUAUUGCCGCUUCGCUCGCCCGUUCUAAGGGCAUCAUCUCCCCCCCCUCGGGGCCCCCCGCCCCGCCGCCGUCAAUGCCGCACUUGGGGUUUUCCCACAGACCUCCGGUGGCGGCUUCUCGUGGGAGCCUUACCUCUUCUCGAGGGACUCCCUCCUUUGACUACGGAGGCCCCUCGAACAGUACGCCGCGAGGUUCAUCGGGAUUCGACCAGGGGGCCCCCCACGGGGGGGGGGCGGACAAGCAGCCGCACGUUCUGCCCACGCCGGGGCAAAACGAGGGCUCGUGGAACUCUGUCGAUGCUGCAGCAGCAAUUGCAGCACAGCAGAAGCAGCUACUGCAGCAGCGAGCCCGCAAAUCAGCAGUGCGGGCAAUGGCAACCGUGUGCGCUGCCAUCCCGAAGCCAGAUGUGAAAGACCCCGAUUUGUUGGGUUCAGAUCUUAGAAACACCGCUUCCGGGGUGUGCGCUGUCACUGCAGCCUCCCCCGAGUCAUGGCAGCAGCUGCAGCAUCCGGAGACUAUUGCUGCUCUGAGGCGACGGAGUGGCGCGGGUUUCGUGCUGCGUGGCUGCCCCUCGCAGCAGCAACAGCAACAGCAUCCCCAUCAGCAAGGAGUGCUUGUUCGAGUGGUUGCGGAGGACCAGGAGACGUUAUUCAGAGGCACAGUUGCUGUUUGGAGCCUCUUAGGACCUCCGCAGUACCUGUCUGCCCCAGCGGACGCAGCAGAAGAUGAGACCUUUGACUGUACCGCUGCUAUGUCAGGAGAAGACGAUGACUUUUUGAAAGAAAUCUGUGCGCGGACGGGGGCUAUUGUUGACAUCGAGCCAGAUCAACCCCAAGGCUAUGGCCACGUAGAGAGGGCAGGACUGCGCUAUUUGAUUAGGGCUUGCACGCAAGGAGCUGCGGAGAAGGCGCUCAGGCUUGUACGGUGGCGCCUCGUGUGCAUAGAGGAGGCAUGGCGACAACACAACGCGCACGGCUUCACAAGAGACACUUCUCCAGGUGGUUUUAGAGGAGGUUGGAGAGAAGUGAGCUUCUAG